GUGGGGGAGGGGCUGCCCAUCUUCCCAGUAUGACCGCCGCACAGAGGAGGGGCAGCCGGGGUAUAAGUACCAGCGCCUGGCACGGAGCGGCAGAGCUCGGCUUAUCACAGGACACAAUGCACACAGCAGCGGCGGUUUUCCUGGCGUGUCUGCCCCUUGCCCUACAAGCUCUACCCUUCGCUGUGUCCCCGGGGUCGUGGUCCUCCCGUGACAUACCCACCAAUAACAGGGAAGCCAGGCAGGCUGCCCGCCUGGCCAUCACCUACCUGAACUACAGGUCCGGCUCCCCGCACCAGCUACUGGAGGUGGCUGAAGUCAAGAAGGCAACCCUGAAGUUUGUUCCUGAAAUUGGACAUAAAUACUAUGUGGAAUUUACUGCUCGGGUGUCUCAAACAAUGGAAAAUAUAGGAUUUUGCACAGCAACCGUUUUCUUCCAAGAAGAGAAACCGCGACCAGCCAUAAAUGUCAACUGUUCUAGCACCAAGAUCCAGAAGCAAGCUAGUGAUGAUGACUACAACUUCUACAAGUUGAUGAAGUCCCAGACUGUACCUAUCACUGGAGAAAACAUUCCUGACAGCUUUGGAUUUAUUGAACCACAACUAGUACCAGUUUGGAAUCUGGCCAAAUUGGGAAGCAGCUAUGUCAUAUGGGAUAAGACCACAGAGGGCCAUGAAUACAAUAUGCAGCAAAUCAAAUCUGUAAAGCAAGUGCUCCGAAUGGAUAAUUUAAUCGCUUUUGACUAUGACCUCACUCUUCAUGAAAGACCAUCAGAGGAAUUGGUGUCUUGUAGUAUCCAUGUUGUCUGGAUUCCUGGAAAGCCACCCAAAGUGGACUAUAAUUGUAGUGAAGAUUCAGAAAAUGGAUCCGGCGACAAGUCAGAGGAUGGAUCAGCUUCCCUAGGAAAUUUUAAAUAAAAAAAAAUAUUUUUAGAUUUCAUAAUAAGAAUUUAUUUUGUGUAAGGUGGGAAGGGGAACUGCUUUUUUUUUUUUUUUUUUUGGACAUGUUGAAUAUUUUAUAUAUACUGUAGAUUCCAGCCUUUUCUCACAUUUCUCAUGUUACUUUUAGAGGCAUCCAUGAACAUAAGAUGAAACAUAACGCGGCAGAAUUUGGUCGCAUGAAUGUGAAUUAUGAUAAUUUACUUACAGAGUUAGGGCAGGAAGAGUCUUUAGUUUCAUCCAGGCCGUAAUGUAGUCCUCGCUGCAGAGGAGCACCAUGUAAUGUCACUGCUGCGCAGCUCAGAUUUCCAGCAGAGCUGUGUCAUAUGCUUCAGGAUGACAUUGAGACAAAUGCUGUAGUCACCUCUCUGCCACCUGUCAUGUUGCCUACAGGCAUUUUCCACCAUAUUAACAAACCAGAUGGGCAGUGUGGUAUAAUGGCUGCAGUGUAUAUACAUGCUAUAACCAUGGCACCAUACCACUCAUGGCUGCCAAAGCCGAUAUGCUGUGGAAGGUAUACACGCCAUAUACUGGAAAUCCUAUAUCAAUGUUAGAAAAGUCAUUUAAGAUUCGGCAGCAUGUAAGUAAAUGCGGAUGGAUACAGAGUAGAAAUUUUGAAGACAAAUCUUUUAAGAAUGUUUUUUUAUUCCAUUGUGUAUAGGUCCCGGCACAAAAAAAAUGUUGUUGGUAGUAUGGCAGUGCCGAUGGGUUUUAUGGAAAUAUAUAAUGCAAUCUCUGCAUACUGCUGGUGAAUGGAUAAAUACCAUUGUAUACAUUCCAUGGGUAAAAGCCUGUCCUGAUCAUACUGAGGGUCCAUUCACACGUCCGCAAAAUGGGUCCGCAUCCGUUGUGCAGUUUUGCGGAACAGGUGCGGACCCAUUCAUUCUCAAUGGGGCUGGAAUGUGCUGUCCGCAUCCACAUUUGCGGAGCC